UUGUUCGUCCAUUCAUUCAUGUGAUUGUCGCUCACGUCGCCCCGUACAGGGGUCCAUUGAUGAUAUAGACACGCACACUGUCAGUCCACUCUCACGUGCAGGGGGCGAUUAGACAGACAGACAGACAGUCAGACAGACAACGGAUUGAACGAUCAAAAUCUGAGUUGAGAGACCCCGAGCGCCCCACUGAAGAGACGAUACACACCGAUCUGGGGGAAUAGACACACACUCAUGCACGCAAACUGGACUGCACACGAGCCGUUUUGCAGCCCCGAGAGCACAUAUAUCGAUUCACGUAGAUGACUGCUGCGAUACGUGCUGCCUCCCUCCGCCGUGCUCAUCUGCCAGGGAGGGCAUGGACAUUACAUCACAUAGUAACCACCCUCCCUCUUGCCAGCUCAGCUGAGCUGUUUUCGCCUCACCGGUUGGAUCUCUUUCUCUUGGUGCCUCGGUAUCCGUGGUUGACGGUCUGGCUGCAUGCCGACGUCAGGGGGAAAAAGGCCGUCAGAGAGGACUGCACCAGAAGCGGCUUCUGACGGCUGCAUGAGACACACAGACACACACAGACAGACAGACAGGCAGACAUGGAUGGAUCUCUGUACGCCGCCUGCCUAAGCGCAUGGUUGGCGUGAUCUACCGUGAGAAGAAUGUGGUGGUUUUGGUAUGUGUGGCGUUGGCUUGCGAGUCAUCCUUCGGCAGCGUCCUGCAGUGGAGAAGAGGGGCAGCAAGCAGACAAGGAUGUACCUUUUGGUGGCCCGACGUGCACGUGUCGUGUCCUCCGCACCAGUGCAUGGGGUCGCUGCGAAGUAUGCUGCACAGAAAGCACACACACACACAUACGACACAGAGAGAGAGAAAGUCCGACAGUUGGCGUCUUUUUCUUUUCUCGCCCUACCCAGUCACAGUGAAGAAUUUGGAGAUGGCUUGGUGGCGGGUGCGUCGUGUGGGUUUGCCGAACACCUUGUUGCACGGCAGCGGGUUCCCGCACAGACGCUCGUCUAUGUCCUUCUCUGUGUAGCCCUCCACGCUGUCAUAGUCGUCGCCCUCACCGCUCUCGAGCACCUCCACGCCCCUCUCCCUCAGCUGCUCCCUCUCCUCGGCCUUGCUCUCGGCGAUGGCCUGCCGAUCCCAACGCCACUCCUCCUCGAUAUACUGGUCGUCGUUCCACAUGGCGAUGUCGAAGCGGGCGUCGCCACCGUUCGUGUCCAUCUGCCACAGCUGCCGGUUCCACACAUAGCGACGGCUGAACGGCGCCACCUGCACACACAUCCAUCCAUCCAUCCUCCAACGCUCGGUUUGUCCAUCCAUGUCACACGAACGUACCGAUGGACGGUCUACGGGGACGAUCUGGUCGUCUGUCGUGCGAUCCAUCACCCCCAGCACGCUGAUCUCGGAGUGCUUGCUCUGGUCAUGCCGGGAGUCGUUGUCGUACGCGAGCUCGAAGUCGCCCUCCAUCCACUCCUCGUCCAGCAGACUCCCACCGCCGUACAGAAUCAACUCACUGGAACAAAGGAAUACACGGAUGGAUGGAUGGAUGGAAGGGAUGUCUCCCUACAUGCCCGCGUUGCAUACAGCACUCACUCACUCACCUGCCUGCCCACACGGCAGCUGCACAUGCUGCUGGCGGUGGCUCGUAGGGUUUGUAGCGGACGACUGUCGGGGAAUCAUGUUGGGGUGAGGGGCUGCGGCACAUGUCUUCUGAGGCUGCGUGGCGAACGACGGCCUGCUGAACCGGCCAGUCUUGGUGUCGAAGAUAACCGUCUUGACGCCACCCAACACUCCGAUCUCGUCAUAAUCGGCGUAGGGCACAUUGAUGACGAUCUUGUCACCUGCACGCAUGGAGACCAAGGCCAAACAAUGGGGUGGUGAAAUAUGCCCAGCUCGGUCGUUCGGCUGUCACUGACCUGCCAGCACAGCUGUGUGGCGGGCGAAGUCGCAUCGGUGCUCGACGUACGCCACACCCGCCAAGUAGGGCCCGACAGCCGCUGAUCAGAAGAAAGGCAGGCGUGUUGCAUCUGCAUGUGGGCCGAUGGAGGUCACUGACCAUCGACUGUCGGGUUGGUGCCGCGGGCAAUCCAUGGGAGGCGAUCGAACUCAAUCCACCUGUCACACGGCACAGCCAAAAGGGAGCGUCGCAACAAGCAGACGCAACGAGGGCAGGGGAGGGGAGGGGAGGUGAGAUGAGGUGACAUGAGGUGAGGUGGAUGGCUCGCGAACGUUUUGGUCUUUCCGUCGAAGAUGUCGAGGGCUGGGGGCCGCGCGAAACCCACAGAUCCGAACAGCUCGUCACUCUCGAAAGAGUCAUAGUCCUCGAAGUUGUCGUCCAAGUCCCACUCUGCAGACACACACACGCAGACACACAUGAACAAGGAUCAUUAUACAUACGACUUAUCUGGUGGUUCAGCAUACCCUCUCCGCCCAUAAUGAAGACAUAGCGGUCCUUGACGAGGGUGGCCGUGUGGUUCAGACGGGCAGUCGGACGGAGGCCGCUCACAUUGCCAUCACUGCAUACAAACACAUGCAGGCAGGCACACAACAUCGUUGACAAUGUCUGGCAAGGUCCUCACCUGUCGUCGAAUGACCAGGUCGCCACGUCGACAAUGGUCGAAGAACUCAAUGCAUCUCUGCCAGGAAGAACGAACAACAGGGGGAUAGAAUUCGAGCGCAUUGCGUGUGUGCAUGUGUGGGGAGCCGGCUGCCUCACUCAGCUGUGUUGUCCUUGCCGCCGAAGAUGAAGAUGUAGCCCUGUGGGUGUGCAGACGACCGGAUGGGCACAAACGUACACGUGAAGUACCGACUGCAGCAAACGAUCCACAUGCGAAGGGAAAGACACUUGUGGCAUGGCACACGUGGCCAUGGACUUCUUCUCAUUUGACCCGCCCGCCAACCGAUUGAGAGGCGGGGUCUUGUCACCUCGUCGCUUCUUCCUGACCUCCCCCUCCCCUCCUCUAAGCUCUCGCCCGCUCAACCACCGAUACUCCCAACCGUCCUUGCGAUCGAUCUCCAGCACACCCCAGAAGCCCUCUCUGUCUCGCUUGUCACCGGCGCCGACCGGCCCGCCGCAGACGAAGUACCGUCGUGGCGACGGUGGGCGGGCGGUGUGCGUGGGGAGGGGCGAUUUGGGGUUGAUGCAUGUGAGUGUGAGGGAGUCGGAUGAUGCGGGCGGGGUGCCGUCGACCACACACUGCUCCCACUCGUACUCGCCGGUGUAGAGGAGAGACUUCAAGGACACACUGUUCAUCACGGAAGGCACACCGCACCCCAUACGUGCACGUGCAUACAAAGGGUGUGAGAGCUUGUGGUUGUGUGUUUUGCCUACCCCCACAGGUCGGUUUUGUAGCUUUUGUGCUCAUCUCUGCCGCCAACCACACCACCUGACAUUUGACCAAAAGGACAAACAAACAAACAAACAAACGAUCCGUAACAGUAUAAGCCGGCCAGCCAGCCAGCCAGGCUACCGAAGACGUAGAGGUGACUGCGCAGGAUGAAGAUGCUCGGGCGGCUCCGCCUCAUGUCAUCCAUCGGGUUGACACAGCUGGCCUUGCCCCACCGCAGCUCACCCACAGUGGCGUUGGCACCAAAGCUCUUGAGCACUGCGCCUCGAAGAACGGCCCCGCGGUAGGCGCUCUCGGGCAGAGUGGUGUACUUAGGAGCGUUUGUGGCUGUCGGUGAGGGGCGGGUUCGGGGUCGGUGGGCCGCCCCUUCGAUGAGUCGAAUGUUGGUCUUCUUGCCGAACGAGCGCCGAUACUGCACUCACGCACAGAAGCCUAGACACGUCAACGAAGGCGGGAUGCGUGUGGGGCUGAACAAGGCGCCCGUGCUCGUGUGUGCAGCCACAGCACAGGUACCUGCAGCUGCCAGAUGCCUGAUGAGUUGUUCGAGUGCAGCAGGGCCUGGAUCUCCUUGCACACUGCCACACACAAACCAUCCACAAGAGCGGCAGAUCAAUUCAUGGACCUUCAGCAGUGUGCCCUCCUGGCCUUUCUCCACCGUGGAGCACCACACCCUCCUCGCUGCUUGGUGCCGCUCACCUGUUUCGAGCUUGAGGAGUUGGGGCGCGUCGAGGAAAGGGAAUGAGUACCACACUACGUCAAACAGCUGCUGCCGUGUGUCGGCCAUCCUCACGCACAAGCGACUUCUUCUCG